UCCAUGUAUGCCGACGGUUCCAGACAUCGACUUUGUUUUAUAAAUAGAGAACAUCACCUAGCCUCUAUUUUUGCAAGCUAAUUAAGUAAACUCUUUCUUGGAGAAAAGAAAAAAAAAAUCAAACUUUAUUCAAAGAUUUCAAGCAAUGAUGGCCAGCAAUUUUGUGGAAAUAACAUCAAAAGAGAUGAUCAAACCAUCAUCUUCAACGCCAAAUCACCUCAGAAACUUCAAACUGUCUUUCCUAGACCAAAUUGCACCAUCAAUGUUCAUCCCUCUUAUUACCUUCUAUGAAGCUGCCCAUUCCCCAAAUCCUCAGCUCCUGAAGCAAUCAUUAUCUGAUGUUUUAUCCAAAUUUUACCCUUUAUCGGGAAGGUUUUGCGGCCACGACGAUCUGACCGUGGAUUGUAAUGAUUCCGGAGUUUCUUGCAUUGAGGCUAGAGUUCAUGCCAAUCUCUCGGAUGUCAUAAAAGAGCCUAACAUGGAUGAAAUGAAACGGUAUCUUCCGUUUUCCGGCAUCCAAGUAAGCUCCGGCGGUCAUAAUCCGAUCAUUUUAGCACUGCAAAUAAACGUGUUUGAUUGCGGAGGCACUGCAAUUGCACUCCAAAUGUCACAUAAGGUCGCAGACGGGACUUCUUUGAUGAAUUUCAUGCAAGCUUGGGCUGCUACUUGCCAUGGUAACAGCGAUGAUGCUGCCAAAUUUUCGCCUGAAUUCGGGUUGGCGGACUUGUUUCCACCUAAAAAGCUACCGGAAAAUGGUUGCAAACCGUUUCCAGCUGAUGUGAUAACGGAUGAAAAGAUCGUCACGAAACGGUUUGUGUUUGACAAGGAAAAGGUGUCCAAGAUAAAAGUUGCGGAAUCUUAUACUGCAGGUAAAAACCUCAGCCGGGUUGAGGCGAUUUCCGUGUUUUUAUGGAGGCGUUUCUUCGAAAUUGCGAAAGCGAAGAAACCUACCCUGAAAACAAUCGGAGCCGGCCAUGCUGUGAACUUGAGGGGCAGAAUGGAUCCACCACUUGCAAAUACCACGUUUGGGAAUAUUUGGAUUUUGUCAGCUCAAGCAAUACAAGAUGUUGACAAGAAGGAAGAUGAAAAGAAUGAGGUUCUUGAUUUGGGAGGUGCUAUGAACAAUGCAAUUAGGAAGGUUAGUGUGGAUUAUGUGAAAAAGAUACAAAGUGGUUCAGCUGAAUUCUUCAAUUCACUCAAUCAGAUUCCAACACAAACAUCAAAGGGAGAUGGUAAGGAUACACAAUUGUCAUUGUUUAGUAGUUGGUGUAGGUUUCCUUUGUAUGAGUUGGAUUUUGGUUGGGGUAAGCCAGUUUGGGCUUGCACUUCCACUUUUCCUUUCGACAAUGCUGUGAUUUUGAUGAGUACUGGUUGUGGAGAAGGGAUUGAGGCUUGGGUGAACAUAGUUGAAAAAGAAGAAUCCCUAUUAGUGGUUAACUAGUCAAGGGAAUAAUUUGUUCAUUGCAAGAGAUGUAAACUACUCGUCUUGUAUGAGUAGUCCACUUUGUGGAGCUAUUCUCUAGUUCAUGAAAGUGAAAUAAUACCUUCAAAGGGAGGGAGAACAUCCAAUCACGUUUAGAUUGUGCAAUUAGUUAGUGAAUGGUUUGUGCUAUAAUCACAAAAGAGAGUUCAGGAUAAUUGUAGUGUUUAUGAGUGUGAUCUUUUGUUUGGUAUGCAUUCAUUCGUAAUCGUGAUUUUGAGAUUCUAGCUAGGUUUUAUUUUGCUGUUUAUUAUGAAAACAUAAAAUCGCCA